ACCAGACAGAAAGCAAAAGAUAUAACCUAUAGAAAGGCCAGCCAUUGCCUUGGGCUACAGAAAAAACAAAAGAGAAAAGAAAAAGGAAUUUUGCAUUAAGCCCAGAGCUGAAAAGAGAGCAAAGAAAAACUGAGGAAGAUGGUGCCCUCAACAAUGACUGAGAUGUGGACAACAUUGGGCUCAACCAUUGCCAGCAUCAUGUUCGUGUGGGCUAUAGUUCGGCAAUAUUGCCCUUACGAGGUACGCUAUUACUUUGAAAAAUAUACACAGAGAAUCAUGGGGGUUUUCUACCCAUACGUCAAGAUUUCAAUCCAUGAGUUCACUGGAGAUCACCUCAAGCGCAGUGAGGCAUAUGUUGCUGUUGAGGCUUAUCUCAGUGCCAACUCUUCCAAGACUGCAAAAAGGCUUAAAGCUGAGAUGGGGAAAGAUAGUACCAACUUGGUUCUGAGCAUGGAUGAGUAUGAGAGAGUGACGGAUGAGUUCAGAGGUGCUAAAGUCUGGUGGGUUGCAAGCAAAGUUGUGUCACCAACCAGGCCUAUGUCAUAUUAUCCGGAACAGGAGAAAAGGUAUUACAGGCUUACAUUUCACAAGCGGUACAGGGAGAUGAUAACUGGGGCGUACUUGGAACAUGUGGUGAAGGAAGGGAAGGAAAUCAGGAUGAGAAACAGGCAGAGGAAGCUUUAUACCAAUAGUCCUGGAUAUAAGUGGCCAAGCUAUAAGCAGACUAUGUGGAGUCAUAUUGUGUUUGAGCAUCCGGCAACAUUCGAGACAAUGGCGUUGGAGCCAGAUAGGAAGCAAGAGAUUAUUGAAGAUCUUGUGACUUUUAGCAAGAGUAAAGAAUUUUAUGCGAGGAUUGGGAAGGCCUGGAAAAGAGGUUAUCUUCUUUAUGGGCCUCCAGGGACUGGGAAAUCGACUAUGAUUGCUGCAAUGGCUAAUUUGUUGAAUUAUGAUGUUUAUGAUCUUGAACUUACUGCUGUGAAGGAUAACACAGAGCUGAGGAAGCUGUUGAUUGAGACAACCAGUAAGUCCAUUAUAGUAAUUGAAGAUAUAGACUGCUCGCUUGACCUUACAGGUCAAAGGAAGAAGAAAGCGGAGAAACCUUCGGAAGAUGAGAAGGAAAAGAUGGAUAAAGAGAGGAAAGAACCAAAGGAAGAAGGCGGCAGCAAAGUGACUCUUUCAGGGCUAUUGAAUUUUAUAGAUGGACUCUGGUCUGCUUGCGGGGGAGAGAGGUUGAUCGUCUUCACCACCAAUUAUGUGGAGAAGCUCGAUCCGGCUUUGAUAAGAAGGGGUAGGAUGGACAAACAUAUUGAGCUUUCGUACUGUACGUUUGAGGGAUUCAAAGUGCUUGCAAAGAAUUAUCUGAAUCUGGAAACUCAUCCAAUGUUUGAUGCAGUUCAUACUUUGAUGAAGGAGACCGACAUCACACCUGCAGAUGUUGCAGAGAACCUGAUGCCCAAGUCUCCGUUAGACAAUGUUGAGAAAUGUCUUUCAAGCUUGAUUCAAGCUCUUGAGGAAGCCAAGGAAGAAGCUGUCAAAAGGACCGCAGACAAAGAAGCAGACAGAAAGAUAGCAGAGCAGGAAGAAACAACUUCCAAGCAAAUUGAGGAUCCUGUUCCUGCCAAUGAAAAUGCUGCUCAAUCCCAAGAGAACAAUGUGACAGAGAAGCCUUAGUGAACCAAUGAUGUAACCAGGUUCCAGAUUGAUUUCAAAACAAAAUUUUACUGAUUCCAGAUUCAUGCAGUGAUUAUUAGAAGGAAUUCUAUUUACCACGUUCAUCUAGUGAUUAGAAUGGGUAGUGGUUACACAAGCAGGUUUAUUUAGGCAACUUGACCAUAAUAUGGAUGUUCAGGAAAAACAUGUCAGAAUUCAGCACAAUGUAAUAACAAUUAUGGUAGUUUUUACAGAGUGAAAAACUAAUGAACGGGUAA